AUGCAAAGCUUUGAUGAUAAAUCCAGGCUUUCAAUUGACGAUGACCAAAAUAGUAUGUCUCAAAAAGGAUCUGGAUUGUUCAGGAUAUCCAGGAAGCUGCGAUCAAAGUUGAAGUUUAGCAACAAGGGGGUGACAAGACCAGACCUCACUAUUCAAACUACCGGCCAUCAUUCCUUAAAGGUUCCAAAGAAGAUCUUGAGUUCGGCAACGUCAGAUGAAUUUGGUAGCAAAAAGGCUUUAUCUUCUCCGAUUUCACGGGGUCUCUUUCAUCGUCAACACAACCAGAUCGAUUCAGCACAAUCUGGAAACGAGGAAGCCAAGCCUCGGCACCCCAAACACCACAGGACUGCAAUGGAUCUUUCAUCUCAAAGCUCGAAUUCCUUCAUCUCAGAUAUUAAAGUUGCAGUACUCUACAAUUUUACUGAUCCAGAUUAUUCUGUCUCUGAAUUUGAGGAAAACUCCGAAAGUUUGAUGUUCCUGGAUUUUCAUAAAAUAUACAUGACUUCUGCAGAUCAGUACAUCGCAUCGUCAAAGUCACAUAGAACUGAGAAUGGAGUCAAUGAAGAAAUCUUGUCAAAUGACGUUUUGCUCAGAAAAUCAAUUGACGGUCAGGAGUCUGAAGUUGAAGAAUUGUUUGGUUCGUUGUUCGAUUUGCUCAAACCAUUGUUUCAACCCUCCAAACAAACAAUACUUACAAACGGUCUUUCGAACCCGAACAUGACCUUGACAAUGGAGCAGGCCAAAAGAUUUGUUGAAGAAAGAAUAAUCUGUUCUGCAAGGUCAUUACUGACUUCUAAGUACACACUACGUCACAAAGGAGUACUGAUUUCCGAUGAAAAGUCCGAGAAGGGAAGCUCUGAAAACCUUUCGAUCACCGAGAAUCUUGAGGAGGACAUUCAAGAUUUAAGACGAAAGGAACUUGGUCAGCAUUUAUCAUUCUACUUCGAGAAAUAUUGCCUGUUGUUGGCUGAUGAUACCAGGAAUUUUGAUAGCUGGGAUUCUAUGACAAGAAGUAUGUCAAGUAUGCGAAGCGAAAGUCAACAUGCACCGAGACUCGAAGACCGAAUAUCAACAGAACACUCAUAUGAGUACGAAUAUUUACAAGAAUGGAGACGAAUCGAACUCAUUUGGCAAUACUUUAAUUCAAAAGUAAGAUUUUUCAUUUUGAAUGCAUUCCAACAAUUGCAAAAACACUUCGAUGACGAGGAACGAGUUCAAGUCAAUAACGGACAAAAGUCAUGGAAUGUACAGAUUGAAAAUGCACUUCUUUUAGCAUUCAGAGACACCGUGGUCAUUCCCCAUUUGCUACGAAGAGAAACUGAUCCCGGAAAUGGAUCUUUAUCAGUCCAUGAACCAAUAGCUGCUGAGAUCCACUUCUUUCGCAAUAAGGGAGCAUCCUUGGCUACCUCACUAAGAAAGUGCUUUGGGGCAAUUCUUUCACAUCUGCAAAGUGAAUUGGCAGGCUCGGAUGACCAGCCUUUCAAGGAGAUGAUGUUCGACGAAUAUGUUCAAUGGUUUACCGAAAUAACACGUUAA